GCACCGGAUUGGACAGCGUGUAGCCGAGUUCUAUGGGCUGGAUGGUGUCUCCCUAGGCGAUAGAGAAGUCCAGAUCAGGACCUUGGAUGGACUCAUGAAAAAGCCACCGCUCACUAAGUUUAUUCAAUGUCUUGUCUGGACUGUUCCUGCCUGAGACGGACACCUGUGAAAUCUAUAAGCCAAAGUAAAGAAUCCACCACAAGCAUCUAUCCACACUGGGCAGGUGAACUGCCGCAGUGCUGGAUUCCUCCUGUGCUGGGAGGGCAUGACAUGCCAGUACGAUACAAUGAAGUCAACAACUAUGAACUUCAACAGGAACUUGGAAAAAGGUUCAGUAACGUGACUACAGUCUACCUCGCUCGCCACACUCCUACAGGAACCCUGGUCACGGCACAGCUCACAGACCUGGAUGACUGUUCAGACGAACAAAUUCGAUUCUUGCAGAAUGAAGCCGUCAUGUCAUCGUUUUUUCGGCAUCAUAACAUUAUGGUUUCUUGGAAAAUGUUUACUGUUGGGACAUGGCUUUGGGCUAUUAACCCUUUCAUGGCAUAUGGUUCCACUAGCAAUCUUGUGAAGACAUAUUAUCCAGAAGGCAUGAGUGAGCUUUUAAUAGGAAACAUUUUGUAUGAAACCUUAAAAGGGUUACAUUAUUUGCACCAGAAUGGAUAUAUUCACAGGAGUGUGAAGGGGAGUCACAUCCUCAUCUCAGAGGACGGUCUCGUAUCUCUAUCUGGACUUGGUCACCUCUAUAGUAUGGUCAGAAGGGGUGAAAGAGCUAGGGUGGCAUAUGAUUUUCCUAAUUUUAGCACUGCAAUGCUUCCUUGGCUGAGUCCUGAGCUGCUGAGACAGGACCUCCAUGGAUACAAUGUGAAGUCUGACAUCUACAGCCUUGGAAUCACUGCCUGUGAAUUAGCUACUGGGCGUGUACCAUUCAUGGACAUGCACCGCACUCAGAUGCUGCUACAAAAACUGAAAGGUCCACCACAGAAUCCUCUGUACGGUUACACCUUUCCCUGUGAAGAAUCCCCCAUGAAGAUCUCGCGCUCAGGUGUGGAUUCAGGUAUUGGGGAGAGUGUUGUUGCUGCAAGCAUGACUCAGACCAUGACUAGUGACAGGCUGAGGACCCCGUCCCCAAGAACGUUCUCAUCUGCUCUGCAGAACCUGGUGGAGGUGUGCCUACAGCAAGAUCCUGAGAAAAGACCAUCAGCUGCCAUGUUGCUGUCCCAUCCAUUCUUCAAGCAGGUAAGGGAGCAGACUCGGGACUCCAUGCCCUCACUGCUGCCCUCUCUGGCACAACAUCGGAAGCACAGCUCAGGUGGCUCCUUUCCAGUGAUCAUGAAGAAUUACUCCUACCGAACUACAGACGAAGUUAAGGAAUGGACAUUUCAUUAAUACUGUUUACUAAGCAAAAGGAAUAUCCAUAUUAGUGAGCAGUGUAAGGGCUUCAGUUUCCGGCAGUUUCCUUUUAUAGAAUUAAAUAUACAUGUGUGUAUUUUUUGGUUUAUGCUCAGAGAGCAUAAUGUGAAUAUGCAGAGAUUGCACUUAUAAACUGCAGAGAAGCUGUAAGUCGCGCACAUAAUUAACACUAAUUGGCACUUCAGACUUUCUGCCAUAAUUGUACAAUUUUGAUUGUUUUGUGAACCUUGUGUUGCUGGCCAUUGCUGCGCCAUUGAGUUUUUAACUCGAUAAGUAUUCUUUUUACUUGUGUGAUUAUUUAGCUAUUUUUGUAUUGAUUUUCUAUUUUUAUUUUAGUGCUUUGUAUUGCAGUUUUGUAUGAAAAGCCAAAACAAAAUUGUCAGGUAUUUUAAUGUCAUGUAGAUAAUGAAGCCUACAUUGAUGCAAUGAUAAAGAGAAGCAGUGGUCAGUCCAUCCUUGCAUUGCAUGUUCAGCCUCUAUUUCUGCUCCUAUAGCAUGUAGGCUUAAGGAUCCGCCAUUUGCAGGAACAGGUAGAGAAAUGUAUUGAAGAACGUGUAAAUGGUUUCAUUUUUAAACAUAUCUCAAUUCCCUAAAGAGCACUUGCACAAAAAAUAUGUGUACAGGA